UGAAAAACGAACGCGUAAAAAUACCGAUGCAUGUUAUCGAUCCUUGAACGUUUGAGUGAUGGAGAGUUUGCACUGAGUGAGAAAGAGUGGCUCACUUGAAAGUCUAGACCUAUUUGCGCAGACCAAGAAUGUGAUAAGACGAAGGAACAAGAAGAAGAGAAAAGUUUGAAAAAAAUAAAUUAUUCAAUCGCCGCAGUUGUUUUUCCAGGAGUCCAGUCCAGUUAAAAAAGCACGGCAAGUGUUUUCAAGUGGUAGCUACGGCAUCACUUGUUUUUCUUCAGGCAUUCAGAUCACGACCACAGACUUUACUUCAAAAGCCUCCUUAGCGGAGUUGUGCAAAUAUACUUUCGUAUUUAAUUCAAUUAUUAACUUUCGCUUGAGUUUUCAGUAUGUGAUCAAUAAAAAGUUUAUUCGGAAAAAUGACGACGAACAUGCGCCUUAGGGGCGAUAUCGUUUCCGACAUAGAUCGGAUGACGGCGGAAUUGGGUCCAGACUCGGGAUCCGAAACCGCAUCAGCGGACGAAAAGCUGAAGUUUCAAAUGCUUCAGACGUGCAGGAUGGAGCUCAAAAUGUGGGACAUCAUGAACCAGGAGCAGGAAAAAGCCUCGAAGCAGUUGGAGGACCUCAAACUCCAAUCCUCAGAGCUUCAAAAAGCCUACCCCGAAGCAGAUGCUAGAUCAGUGGCAUACAGAAGGGAACGUGACUUGGCAUUGGAAAAACAGGAGGAGGAGACAAAAGAAAAGGCAGCGCUACAGCAGAGCUACGACAAGGCAAUCAAUAGGAAUCUGUCUUGUUUCGUCUGCGGCAGUAGAACGAGUGCUGAUGAACUGGCAAGGAAUGGAGGUGCGGCGUGUGCGGAAUGCAACAAAGCAGUAGUGUGUGGUGGUUGUUUUACUACAUUAGACCUGAGACCUAGAGUGCAGAUCAUGCUUCCGGGGGCGUUUGCAAAACCCGUCGACCUCACUUGUCAGGUGUGUAGGCACGGCAUGUUAGAAGACGAACAUACUCAAGUAGCGGAACACGUGAUGGAACAGCAAGGCAUACUUUCUAAAAGUAUUGCAAAAAACAUCGGCAUUAAAAAGCCGUGGUUCAACCGCUUGGCCAGACUCAAACAAGAUCGUGCCGACUUUAAGAGGGCGUACGAGAUUGUCAAGAGACCUGGAUUACCCAAGUACUCCAAGGAUGUCGAUUUGCAAACUACUUCUGCGACGGCUUUAGCAUACAACAACAUGAUGACUACCAGGAAUCUACUAGAGAACGCUGGUAGUUCUUCUGCUGAAAUGCGCCACGAAAUCGCGAACAUGCGACAUCUACAGCAGGACAUGGUUCGAGUAGAUCAGAAGAAGAGACGCCAACACGUCAAGUUUAGCGUGGCCUUGGGAGUGAAAGAGUGCAAGGAGCUCAACUUUCACAGCGCUACACCAGAGUCGUUCAUUGCUUUAUACGAAGAGAUAAAGCAAUAUUACUCGCUUGAUGCAGAUCAGGAAACAAACCAGAAAUUGUUUCAAGACGUAUUAGACCUUUACUUGGACCUAGAUCAGGCGCCGUUUGGCUCUAGUACUUUGGCAGCUUGGUUUGCCACUCCUUGCAUGUUCGUGCAAGGAGUGAAUCGAGCACUCCGCGUAAGUUUCUGUUAUACUUUUUCGUAACCAUCCCGGCAUUAGGUAGUCGUAUUCUGUCAUACGAGUCGUGUUAUGUUAGAAUCUGCUGUUCUUACCUCUUACAAAAUAUACGCACGCUUUUAUUUAUCCAUUAGAAAUCUUCAGGUCAGAGACAUUUGCGACGAGAUCAUCUACGUGUCUCGCAUGGUCCACCAGGCCACGAUUAACACGACGACGAAAAGUCUGUCGACUUUAAGCGCAGCAGAAAAACAAGAACUAGACUACAAGGCACGUCAGAGGAUUUUGCUCACUUUGCGCGAGAUGUACAGACCAAUCAUCUACACAUCUGCUGCUAGUACCACUGACAAGGUCGACCGAGUCUUGUUCAACGCCUACUACGCACCAAAAAUGCAAGCGGGAGAAGCAAGGUUUGUCUUUCUGGAAGCGGGUGGCAAGAGACAGUCUUCUACGUCUUUCAAUGACCAGGAUGAGGCUAAGAUCAGAAAACUGCAAUCGGAGCGCGACAAGGCCUACAACGAGAACAAGAGACUAAAAGACGAGGCAGGUAGAAACGGUGGCAGAGGAAGUCCUAGCAGAGGCAACGGCAACACCAUUACUUCUACCCCUGGAAGAGGAACAUCUUCUAGGACAGACCAGAGUGGAGACCAAAAGGAGCGUAACGUCAGAAGAAUAGUAUCCGAGGAUGAGAAAAAGGAAUGGGCUUUGACUACGGCAGGCAAGUUUAUGAUCGCACUGUUUUCGCCGGUCUUGCACGGAACUAUCACGUCAAAACAACGCAAACAGGAAAUCAUUAGUGAAGCCAUGAGGAAAGACAAAACAGCAUGCUAUUGGUAUUGGGACAACUAUCUGGGGGCAUGCAGAAAUUGUUGGAUCGCAGGAAUUUUCACACGUGAUCACGUUUACACUCAGUGUGAGCGCGUUGGAAACAAAUUUAAUGCAAUUUGUGGAGUAUGCGGAAACGAGCACGAGGAAUGGCCUCGGUUGUGUCCGAACAAGGGAAAGGCACGCAGAGCAACUGGCUAAUGCUGUUUAGACUAGGUUUUGGUUAGGUUAGAUCUAGGGGGGCUUGGAAUACUGGGAGACAGACAUCCAAGUUUGUGACCCAAGUGGUCAGCGGUGGGUAGGUCGUAUAGCGACACUCCUAGAUCAGGGCGGGCUGAAGUUAAAACCUUCUGCUUCACACGCGACAGGCUUUGAACCCUUACAGAUUCAGAAUUUUUUGAAAUUUUAGACGAUCCUGAGCUCGCAGAUGUUGUCAGAACCGAAAUUAAAUAACACAGCUCCAGACUUAGUAAAACUCAGGCAUUCCCAGGCACAGGCGCACUUUAGAU